ACCCCUCGUUUCCUAAUGUCAACUUAUCCUCUAACGCGAUGAGAAACUAUUCACUGACAAACAUUGUUAUUAUUAUCACUAAGAUUUUACACAUAAUAAUAAUUGAUUUCACAGAUUAUUCCACUUGUCAAAAUGAUGUUGUCAUGUUAUCGCCAUGUCAACCAUGCGAUCGAUGUCAACCAUUUCUAACAUGUGCAAAUGCAACAUGGAUUAUUGGUCGUGGUAUUCCUACACAACAAUUUGUCAAUACAUCACUGAUAUGUGUUGUCGAUACAACGACGAAUUGUUUCGAUGAAUGUCGUCGUCAGACUGGGUGUCUGUCAUUUUCAUUUAGACUGCCUACAUCAAUGACGUGUUGUUUAUAUAGAAGCAAUAUAACACCGAAUAAUUUAACAAUGGCUGGUGAUCCCUUCUGGUAUGGAACCAUGACAUGCUGUGAUAAUAUAGACGUCACGUUAUUCGUAUUGAGACCAUGUACUCCAUCUGUUGGUUUGCCGACUUAUACUACAGGCUGUAAUUCACUUAAAUGGUUGAGUGGAUUAGGAUCACCAGAUCCGAUCACAUCAAAACUGUACACGUCUAGAGCGAUCAGUAAUACAAGUAGUUGUUUCAAUGAAUGUCAGCUAGACAAAGGAUGUAGCUCGUAUUCUUUUUCAACUAGAUUGCCGGGAGUGUGUAGUUUCUACAGUAAUGAAUUAACACAGUCAUUGAUUCUCUUCUCUACUGCUGCUAUUACUACUACUAAUAAUAAUACGAAUACUACGACUACUAAUAUAACUGCUACUAAUAUUACUGUUAGUAGUAUUACUAAUAUUACUGCUAUCGUGUUUGCUACAAGAAGAUGUUGUGGUAAGUUCGUUUUGAAUAGUUAA